AUGGCUGAUGCUGACUUUGCCCCGAUAGAGAUCAACACAUCACCCGAUCAGGUCCACGCUUUGGUCCAAGCGACUCUCCAAGAAGAUUUACUCUAUGAUUUGUCACGAAUUAUUCACCUCCUCCCCUUCGAAGCCCGAAAAGAUACGCAGACCAUCUUCUCCCAUAUUCUACGAUUCCGGCCGGCCUCGUAUGCGACCGACAAAGACCCUCCGGUCAUCUCAUACAUUGUUCACAACCGACCAGAGAUCCUUGUUGAAUUAUGUCGGGGGUAUACGCAAACUCAGAGUGCCAUGCCUUGCGGCGUGAUUCUACGGGAGGCUCUCAAGUUUGAUGUGGUCACAGCGGUGAUAUUAUAUGACCAGUCACACGAGGGAGAGCCCGCAGUCCGACUCUCGGAGUUGAAGCCCAAUCUUCCACAGAAUGGCGACGGUGUGUUCUGGAACUUUUUUGAGUGGAUCAAUAAAAGCAAUUUUGAAGUCAGCGCCGAUGCAUUUACAACAUUCCGGGGCUCCAUGCAGGAAAUCUUGACACGUCAUAAGAGCUUGGUGACUGCAUAUCUUGCGACCAACUUUGAGUUGUUUUUUGGGCGAUUCAAUGACAUCCUUAUCCAGUCUGACUCAUAUGUCACCAAACGACAAAGCAUCAAGUUGCUGGGCGAGAUCCUGUUGGACCGUGCCAACUACAACGUGAUGAUGGCCUAUGUGGAAAGUGGGGAUAACCUCAAACUGUGUAUGAAGCUGCUGCGUGAUGAUCGCAAGAUGGUGCAGUAUGAAGGGUUCCACGUUUUCAAAGUAUUCGUUGCAAACCCGAACAAAUCGGUGGCGGUUCAGCGAAUUCUCAUCAACAAUCGGGACCGACUGUUGAGGUUUUUACCCAAAUUCCUGGAAGACCGGACGGAUGACGACCAGUUCACGGACGAGAAGAGCUUCCUAGUGCGCCAGAUUGAACUCCUCCCCAAAGAGCCCGUCGACCGGAGCCGGACCAGUCGAGAAUCCCCGUCCGGGGCCAACACCGCCGCGGUGGCUUGA